AUGCGUACGAUCAUCGACAUGAAGACCGUCAACGAGGCGGCCCCGGCUGCUCCCCCGGUCACCAAUCGUACCACUACCACCUCUCGCGGCCUGGCUGUCGCUACCCAGCCUGCGACUGCCUCUCGUCAGGCCACUGAUUCUGCCAACUCUCGUCCGUUCCAGACCUCUACGCAGACCCAGACUGGCUCUCGCGUCUCGGCCACUGCUGCCGGCGGCUAUUAUAUGCGCGACCUGAUCCAGAUCGAUGUCAAUUUCAAAGCUCACGCUGCUAACCAGAUGGCCACUAAGAAGAGCGACAACAUGCCAAGGGUCGACUACACCUCUCUGGACUUGGCAAUCAUGCUCAAGCAGCAAAUCCAGAUCUCCAGGGGCUUGAAACGCGAGCUCCUUGAUCUCCAUGUCAAGUAUGACGCAGCUCACAAAGAGCUGAAGCAAGUCAGACAAGAGUCUGAGCAGUACAAGCAGGAGGCAAAGGCCAGGGCCCAAGCCAAUCUUGCCUGGGACAAGGAGCACGCCAGAAGACUUGCAGACUGGAACGCUGCGCAGACUGCCUAUAAGACGCAGAUGGAUGAGAAUGCUGCGCAGGAAUGGUAG